AUGGCUGACCAAGACCAAUCACCGAAUGGUGCGCAACCUGAAGGCAACCCACAAUCUGAGCACCUAAACAUCAAGGUUACCGACAACAACAACGAGGUCUUCUUUAAGAUCAAGAGGAGCACGAAGCUAGAAAAGCUCAUGAAUGCUUUCUGCGAGCGGCAAGGGAAGGACGUAAAGACGGUCCGAUUCCUCUUUGAUGGUACCAGAGUAACGGGCCAGGACACACCCGACAUUCUCGAAAUGAACGACGGCGACACUUUGGAAGUCCACCAAGAACAAAUCGGCGGCUCAAUGAUGGUUUACCGACGAGAAUGGGAUGAGGUAUGA